UUUAGUUGUUUAUAACUUAGUAACAUUCUUAAAUUCAACAGAUUGUCUUGUCUGAAAGUCCAUUUGUUAAAUGUGUGGUGCUCCGUAUUUCAACCAUGGUACAAAAGUCAGUGGAAACCAGUCUGUUAGUCUGAACUUAAACUCUUUUUGAAAUCCACAAACACUUUAAAAGUUUGUAGUUUUCCCUUGCAGCCUCGUUUCGCUGACUCUGGAUAGAUUACAAAAUCAACUUGAAACCCUUUUUAUUUUCCUAGGCUUUCAUACCAUAAUCUUAUACUUGUUUUAUUCUUUGUAUAAUUUUAAGGUUGAUUUUUUUUUUUAUUGUACAACACCACGACAUUCUUCCCAUCAGUUCAGGUCCAUAAACUGCAGUCUUCUCACAGAACAAACCUGUCCAGGUCAGAGUUAUGCUCCAACUCUUCCCUGCGUUUUUGCUCCUUGUCAUGUGAUCAUAUUUGUCUUCCUGAGUUAUACUUGCUGUAUAUCACCGCAGCACAGCUCGCUAUAUCAUCUCUCUGAUUGUGACGCUAAACAGACAGCUUCCAUCUUUCUCUCCAGUCCACUUCCUGCAGUAAUCUGCAGUCUGGACCUCUUGAGCUAUCUGACACUUGCUGAUCUGUCUGUCCUAAAGAACAACAUGGUGCUCUCUUCAGUAAUCGUGUUUCAAAUGUGCUGUUAGACUUUCUGAUAUAGACCUGAUAAUCACCAUGCUGUCUCUUAGGCGUGUCCCUGUCGGCAAGCGCAGUAGAGUAGAAAUAGGCAUUGAUAAACGGAGGAAAAGACGACGGGACAUCAUUCAGGGUUCCAUAUGUACAGUCAGGACUGUGUAUCCAGGCUUGCUGCUGUUCCCAGAGGACAUGACCUCAGUCCUGCCUGGCCUUCUGUUGCUUUUGAUGUUACCAGUAUAUGGUCAGCUAGUGGGAGCAAAGAAGUCAGAAGAGGCUGAAGAGCAAAGUUCCCGCCUGCGGGGCCUCUGGAAGCUGCACUUUAGGGCAUCCAGGCUGAAAGGAAAAGGAUCAAGCUCCAGCCCAGUCAAUGAAGUGGCCAAACAGCUUCUGCUCUACUGCCGGGCCGGAAUUGGCUACCACCUUCAGAUCCUGCCCAAUGGCUCAGUGGGGGGAGUCCAUAGACCGACUCCUUACUGCUGGCUGAAGGUGUUUGCUGUGAGGCGUGGAGUGGUGGGAAUCAGAGGGUUGACGAGUGGCUUGUACCUGUGUAUGAGUGGGCAAGGACUGGCAUAUGGAGAGGAGCCGUUUUCUGACAACUGUCUGUUCAAGGAAAAUGUGGAAGAAAAUCACUACACCACCUACUCUUCUCUGUCCCACCCAGGCAACUACCUGGCAAUUUCCCACAGAGGACAGCUCAGGAGGGGCAACAGUGUGGGCCCAAAUCAGUCCUGUGCUCAUUUCUUACCAAGGAGAGCAUGACGUCUGCCCAUUAGCUCCUGAACCUAUGACAAAGUUGAUGCUUGUUAUUGAAUAGCAUCCCUGGGUUUUUAGAUAAGCUACAUUCCCCAAACCACCCUGCUCUCAAGCAACUCCACUGACUUCUCACCCAUUUCUGCACCGAGUUCAAAAUUGUCUUAACAUUCAAAGCCAUCCUUAUGUUACUCGUCUCUUUCACAUUUAAACACCGUCUCACAUCCUUCAUUCCUCUUUUGACUCACUUCUCUGUUCGCCACGUCCUCGGCCGUCCAACCCGGGUCUACUCACCACCUGGAUCUCUGAACAUCAUCGCUGAACAUUUUCAAAGCUCUUCACAAAACUCAUCUGUUCAGAUUAGCUUAUCCCACUUCACCGUCACAACAUAAACACUUGUUUUGUAUUUUAUACGUCUUUCUAGCACUUUUUAACCUUUGUUCAUGAUGUGCUGUUUUUAUUUUAUUAAUGUAAAGUGACCUUGAAAAUCUUGAAAGGUGCUUAUAAAUAAAAUAGAUUGUUAUUA